UUUUGGCCCGCCAUCAUCAGCAGUUCCUGUCGCGCACAACGUCCCAUUCUCCUCUGCAUCCUCUUCACACGCCGCCAAUGCUGUUAUUGCGGCCCAGCAUAACUAAUAACUCUUUCGUGCAUCCUUGGAUGAAGUUUUUGGCCUGUUUCCUCUCCUCAUAGAAUCUCCAUUUCUUCUCGCGCAUUACGUUAAUUCCGAAUCGCAUUCCGAACCGCGCUGAAUCGCAAGAUGCCCGGUAUCGCUCGCAAGAUCAUCAUCUGCGCCGCGGUCGACGGCCUUAUCAUACAACCAUUUGUGACCAAAGGACAGCGCCCCGCGCAGCCGGUCAGGAUCAAAUAUGGCGACGCAUCAAUAAGUCCUGCUCCGCGAGAGCAAAUUCCCGACCUUUCUCAGCCAAAUUCUUCCUUCGAAGCCUUCGGCGUUAUAGGUUUGAUCACAGUUUCCCGUCUCAGCUAUCUGAUCACGAUUACUCGGCGCCAGCAAGUUGCGCAAAUUUGCGGUUUCCCGAUCUAUGUCGUCACCGAAGUCGCCAUUACUCCAUGCGCCUCGCAACAAGAAGCUGGAGAAGCUAUUGCCAAGACAGCCCUAGAGCUCCAAGAUCGAACGGCAGACAAGGACGCCAACGAUAGCGACAGCGAUGACUAUAUAGAGCUUCCAGCAAGCGGGGAUGAAGUCGAAGACCCCGCUCAAGAAGCUAAAGCCGGCAGCGAUAAGGAUCUCGAGACUGUAAAGAGUACUGUAGCGAAAGAUGUUAUUGGCAGGAGAGGAAGCUACGGGAGGUUCGCGCAGACCUGGUUCAGCAAGAGCGGAUGGACGCAGGAUCAGAAGAGAUCAGCAGGCUGGAGCGGAGCCGCGCACCAAGUACGACGGUCCGUUGACCACAGUCCAGUCAAGAAUGCUCCUCCGCGGCCAUCUGUUAACGAGGUUAACGAACCGACAACGGCAUCUACACUUCUGCCAAAGCUUCUGCGGAUGACCCAGAUCUUCUACGGCUCAUCUAGAAGCUUCUUCUUUUCUUACGACUUCGAUAUCACUCGGCGUUGGUCGAGUCGUUCCCAUGCUCAAUCCGAUGAGAUACCUCUGCAUGAGCGCGUGGACCCAAUGUUCUUCUGGAACAAAAAUACAUUAAAGCCAUUUACGGAGGCUGGAGAGGAUACUUUGUUGCUUCCGCUCAUGCAGGGCUUCGUUUCCCAAAAGAGUUUCGUGGUAGAUAGCAGCCCUCCUCAACACGACGAGGGUCUCGGAGAUUCCGUGGAGCUAUCGACCAUGAGACAGCCCGACGCUGAACUAUCUUCACCCCCACCUGAAGCAGUCCGUGACUCGAUCGAUCUGCGCUCUACCGAAAAGAAGUUUUUGUUGACAAUAAUCUCUCGCCGUUCGACACAGAGGGCUGGUCUCAGAUACUUGAGACGAGGCAUCGAUGAGCAGGGUUAUGUUGCCAAUGCGGUUGAGACUGAGCAGAUUCUUUCGAGCACUUCCUGGGACAAGUCUUCAAAGAUUUACUCUUUUCUUCAAGUCCGGGGCAGCAUUCCGCUAUUCUUCACACAGUCGCCGGUCUCUCUCAAACCUGCGCCAGUCAUUCAGCACUCGCCCGAAGCAAACUAUGCCGCAACGAAAAAGCAUCUGGAGCGGCUGAAGUCAGAAUAUGGGCUUCUGCAAAUUGUCAAUCUCGUCGAAAAACAUGGCGUAGAAGCAACUGUCGGCAAUCAGUAUGAAAAGACAGUGCAGCGGUUGAACGAGGAAGAAGCGAAAGACCAAGAUGACACCGUCGGUUUUGAAUGGUUUGAUUUCCAUUCAGCUUGCAAGGGGAUGAAAUUCGAGAACGUCAGCCAGCUCCUCGAUACUCUCCGCGACAAAUUGGAAGGGUUCGGAAGCACCGUGGAAGAGGCUGGUCAAAUCACUGCAAAACAACAUGGCGUCUUGCGCACAAAUUGUAUGGACUGCCUCGACAGGACAAAUGUGUGUCAGAGCUCGUUUGCAAAAUUCAUGCUCGAGUCCCAGUUGAAAGCCGAAGGCUAUGAUCUUGCCGCUCAAGUCGACCAGCAAACGCAGUGGUUCAACACGCUCUGGGCAGACAAUGGUGAUGCUGUGUCGAAGCAGUAUGCAUCUACUGCGGCCAUGAAGGGUGACUACACAAGAACGAAGAAGAGGAACCUUGGCGGCACAUUGAAUGAUCUUGGCCUUUCUUUGACCCGGUACUACAAUGGAAUGGUCAACGACUACUUCAGCCAAGCUGCCAUCGAUUUCCUUCUGGGCAACGUGAACUCCAUGGUCUUCCAAGAGUUCGAAGCUGAGAUGAUGACGAAAGACCCUGCUGUCUCGAUGCUGAAGAUGAGGGAGCAGGCCAUCGAGCUUUCUCAAAGGCGCGUCAUUUCUGACGAGAGCGAAGAGUUCAUGGGCGGUUGGGUCCUCUUCAGCCCGCAUCAGUCCGACACCUUGCGAGCCAUGCCCUUUGAGGAGGUGGUACUACUUCUAACGGAUGCUGCAUUGUAUCUCUGCCGAUUCGACUGGAACAUGGACAAGGUCUCUUCGUUUGAGCGGAUUGAUCUAGCCCACGUUGUUGGUAUCAAGUUUGGAACAUACAUCAUCUCGACAGUCUCCCCCGGGCAGACGGACGAGAUGAAGAAUGUUGGCUUCGUUGUGUCGUACCAACCAGGCAAAAACGACGUCACGAGGACGAAUACCAGGACCUUUUCGAACCUGGGCAUUACAAAGACCAAGACGAAUGCGGCCUCGUCGGAGCAACAGCAGCAGAAGCAACAGCAGCUGAAGCAACAACAGCAACAGCCUCAGUCUGCCUUGAGCAGCUUGCUUGGUGGCGGGCGCCCCAAGGCGCCGCCGGUGCGCAAGCUCGCUUUCAAGGCCCCGUACUCUCAGUCAUCCGCCGCCGUGACGGGCGAAGAACCCAAGCUCAGCGAGAUCCAGCAGGUUGUCAGCAUUUGCGCAGACAUUGAGCGGCUGGCGUUCCUGAGUCAGCCUGGCAAGGAGAAGCCGGGCACCGAGAGCAUAAUCGAGAAGGGCGAAAUCAUUUCGCUAGAGGAGGCGAGGCAAAGCACUGGGCUGCUGGACCACAUCAGCUACUCUCUGAAGAGGCUCGUCUGGGCAUGAAGCGGCUCUUUCUGGCACACACACGCGCGCACAUACACCAUUGUUGCUCUUCUGGCGUUGUUUGUUCUUUGCUUUAGGGUUUCGUUGCGCGAUACAGGUGCAUUUGGUAGCGCAUAUUUUCCAGAGGGAUUGGGUAGUUUAGAGAUUCGGCCAGGCGGAACCAGACGGAGUCGUUGGACUCGACCUUUUCCCACCGACAGCCCGGGAAGACGCCGUCCUUUUGGGGCUUGUUGACGAGGGUGUGGUCCAUGAGCCACUGCAUGGGGUACUUUUUCGACUCCUUGCCGACGGCGGCCUCGGAGUAGCUCCCCGGGCUGUCGACAACGAGGAGCAGGGAGCCGAGGGGCACGGUGGCGGUCAGGUUCAGGAGGAAGGCGGUGGUCUUGCCGAUUCCCGCGGCGGUGUAGAGCUCGUUGAGGGUAAAUAGUAAUGUGAUGAGUAAUGCCUCUUUGCCCAUCGUUUGGGAGAGCUGGUCCCGUGACAUUGCGAGGGCGUCGAGGUGCGAGAAGGAUGAGGACAGCCGCGCCGCGGGCUCCACGAGGGCUGCGGCGGUGGCUUGGGCCUCGUUUGCGUACCGCGAGGCCGGCGGCGGGACGGUGAGUGCGGCGUGGAGCUUGGAGACUACGGGGGCCCAGGGGGCGGCGUCGAGGCAGGUGAUUGUGCCUUUUAGGUAUGCUGGUUGUUGGGAUAGGUAGGCUGCUAGGGCGGCUAGUUCUGCGGCGCCGCCGCCGAUGGAGAGGAUGUUGAUUUCCUUUUUGAUUUGCGUCGUUGUCGUCCUGGGGGUGACGGUGGUGGUGGUCUCGGAUGGUUCCGAGGCGGGCGGUGGAGGGGUGACGGCAUCGUCCUCCGCUGCGGGAGGAAUUUCCUGAUCGUCGGUGGAGGGAGGGGAGGAGGAGUUCUGAUCCCGGGGCGCAUCACCCGUCUUGUCCUCGACGAUCAACUUUUGAAGGCCCUCGGAUACUUCAGCUACCUCAGCCCCUUCAGCUCCAGCCUCAUCUUCAGCCUUCUUGACUUGGAUCUCCAGCCCCUCAAGGUGCUCCGCGAUACCCAGCAGAACAACAGCGUACGCCAGGGCGCGGGUGGGGCUCCACCUCGCGGCAUACGCAUCCAAGCUCUCGGGUUUCGCAGAAGUGAAGGCGGCGUCAAAGUCGCGGGCGUAGAGCGCGGCCUUGACUUCCUGCAGGAUCGUGGCGAAGGCAGGCGAGGCGAGGACGGGUUGGAAGGCGGAGGCGAAGGAGGCGAGGAGGCGCUGCUGGUGGAUGAGGGGGAGGACGUCGACUGCGUUUGCGUUGUCUGCAGAAGAUGAUGAUGCCGCCUGCCCUUGGGAUUCGGGUUGGGCUUUGGGCUUGGCUUUUUGUUGCUUUGCUGGCUUGCCCGUGGUCUUUUUGGAGUUUGCGGCGUGGUGGGAUGUGUCGCGGAUGUUGUGCUCGACCUUCAUUUUUUUACCCAUGGUUGCGGAGAAGUUGAGAGUCUUGUCGACUUUCUGGCAGUGGUGUAUACGUUUGUGAGGUUAUGGACGUUGUGAAGUUGAGGAUUUUUGUGAUGGAGGGGUAAAAAUGGAGGGGUAGUUAGUAGCAAUGAAGAAAAAUUGAGUUGACGGCGAACUUUGGAAUAAUGGCUUCGGAGUGAUAGUUGCAGUUCGCUGUGUACUCUUUUACUAUUCAGAAGUAGAGUAUCAGAUUGCCACGAUACAGACGUUCAAUCUCACGUUGUUCUGAUAUCUUCAAAUCGUU